UUGGCUGGAGAUACGACGACGCUGGAGCUGACGCGUCCCCUCCUCUUCCCCCAAGCUGGUCAGUCAGGUCUGUCUAUAUCUCCGCCUUUUUUUUUUUUUCCGGGUGAGGUUGCCUGGCUUUGAUGCCGAUGUUUUCUCUGUCGUCCUUCUGUGAAAAGCGCCUUACGUCUGGCUCCGUGUGGGCCGCCGCGCAACGAUUUGCAUCAGCCAAGAUGGAAAAGGAAAAAGAAGAAGCUUGCAGUUUGGGAUCCUCAGAAAGGUGGACAAGACUGGGUAACAUGGGAAUGGGAGCUAUGAUUGCAGCAACCUUGGGAGUAGGCAUCACUGUUGUUGCUGUCCCGGUGGUGCUUGGAGCAGUAGGGUUCACCAGUGCAGGCACUGCAGCAGGGUCUUACGCUGCCAGCAUGAUGUCAGCUUCAGCCGUUGCCAGUGGUGGAGCAGUCUCGGCAGGCAGCACGGUGGCAGUACUCCAGUCUGUUGGCGCAGCAGGACUUGCACUGAGUACCAAAGUUGGUGUGACAGUUGCAACGGCCAGUGCUGGGGCAGCCAUUGGUGCCGCCAAGAAGCUUCCUUCCAGCACUUAAAAUCAGCUCAUGGGGCCCAACUCUGGAUUGUUUGUGAUGGGGAAGCAACAUUAGCUUCCACCCGGAGUACGGUAUUUCUAUAGCAGUUCCAAUACUAAUGGAGCUCCUGUCUAAGGAAAGGUACAACAUCCUCAUCCGUCCCCCCUGCUGUCCCUUUUUUGUUUCAGCCAGCCUUUGGAAAUAAACCACAACCUUGCCCCCUGUU